CGCUUCGUGAAGAUUUCGAAAAUACCCGAGAUUACAGCUGUUGCAGGCCAGCUGUCCUGGAAUGUGACAGGACACUCCUGAAGUUGCUGAACUGUUUAUAAGCUGGUGAGAGAAGGGGAACUGCUACUUACUUUUGGGUACUGCUUCGGCACGCGUGGUCGUGAAGCCACUGCUGUUCCUUGCUGCCUGAUUUCAUCGAGCAAGGUUUUCAACUGAACUAACCUCCAUCCAUUGCAGAACGCUGCGAUACGAGUCAUCAUCAACAUGAGUAUUACAAGUGCUGCUGGCGACCUACUGGAGCAGCUGCGAGCCAUCAUCGCCGGUGGUCGUGAACCAUCCGUGCGGCCUGGCCCACAGCUCAACUCAUUCAAUCUUGAAGGCGUUGCUGAGCACAUCAAGUCAGGCAAAUGCAAGAACAUCAUCUUCAUGACUGGAGCGGGUCUAUCUACGGCUGCUGGCAUCCCGGACUUCCGAUCGCCAAACACUGGACUGUAUGAUCAGUUGCAAAAAUACAAUCUUAGCUCACCGCAGGAGAUCUUCAGCAUUGACUUCUUCAGGGAGAAUCCCAAGCCUUUCUAUGAGCUGGCCAAAGAACUGUAUCCUGGCAAAUUCAUACCGACCGUCAGCCACUACUUUAUCCGUCUCUUAUCGGAGAAGGGCUUGCUGCUCCGGAGCUAUACACAGAACAUUGAUACGCUGGAGCGCAUUGCUGGCGUCCCCGGUGACAAGAUCAUCGAAGCGCACGGCUCUUUCAGCCAGGCUCAUUGCAUACAGUGUAAUGAGGAGUAUAGCCAGGACUGGCUCAAGGAAAAAGUGUUUGCUGACGAGAUCCCGACCUGUACAGUGUGUGACGGCUACGUCAAGCCAGACAUUGUGUUCUUUGGCGAAGGGCUGCCCAAGGAGUUUCACACCGGAGUGGUUACGGAUUUCCCUGUUUGCGACCUGCUGAUCAUCAUGGGAACAUCGCUAGUGGUGCAACCGUUUGCACAUCUUGUUGGAAGGGUCGGCCAUGAGUGCCCUCGCCUGUUGAUCAAUCGAGAGGAAGCUGGUAAAUCAAGGCUGGGUGGGUUGGAGUUUGGCGAGGAAUGCAACUACAGGGACGUUUUCCACCAGUGUGACUGUGAUGAUGGGUGCAUGGAACUGGCUGAGCUACUCGGCUGGAAGAAUGAACUUCUGGAGCUGGUCGCACAUGAACAGGCCAAGUUAGCUGCAGAGAAUAGUACCACAGGAACCGACUCGGAGGCAGCGUCAGCAGCAGCAGCAGUAGCACCAGUGACAGGGGAAAUACCUGCAUCUGGUACCGCUGCUGAACAAGCUUCCACACCACCUAGCCCUGCGGGUGCUGGUGCUGCUUCUACGGCUGAAGGUGCCAGUCCUAAUGGUUCUCCUCCCCAAGAGAAUAUGAUCGGCGACGGCGGCAUGGCAUCCAGCCAAUAGACACUGGCCAUGAUGUUCCAGCACGUCAGUGCACACAUUGGUCACCAUGUAUUCACGAGCUUACUGAUUACUCCGGAUAAUUUGUAGGUUUAGUCUGAUCUUCUGGUGAUCACGGCACUGCUCACAGAUACCCAUGCUAGCAACAGCAUCAUUCAAGUGCCAGCACAAUCAUGCAUAGAUAAUCUGUACAUAAUAACGAUGUACAUGUAGUCAUGUACCUUUCGAAGUAGCUAAAAUAUUAAAUAGUCAUCAGUAGAUAUUGUAUUUUUUGCACGACAGCUCAUGAACCUGUCCUUUUCAAUACCAUAAUAUCAUGUCAUCAGAGUUAUUUCAGUUUCGUUUGUUUGCAUGGAACAUCAUCAAAUCUCGACAAUUAUGUAGUAAUUGUUGCAUCCAAAUCUGAUUUCCUUUUCAACCUCAUCAACCAAUCACCCUUGUCAAUAAUAAUGGGGGGGGGGGGGGGGCAACUUGAUUCUGUAUUUUUGUACAUAGGUGUACUACCAUGCUAUUAUAUCUCACUUACUUUUCUUGUUUCCAGUUCCCCUUGUCCGCUGUUCCCCAAUCAGUCUGGUCCAUCUUGCUCUCAUCUCGACAUUGCACAACCCGUAUUUCAAUGCUACUCGUUUUCCUUUUAGAACCGUUUUCCUGUUUUGUUUAGAACCGGAUCUCUUAUGCUCCAUCUUGAGUCUAUUUUCUCAUAUCUUUUCUAGAUCAUUGAUGCUCUUCUCAGCAUGCUGAUGAAGUCAACAGUUUAUAACUUUA